AUGUUCAUCAUCUUAUCAGUGUUAACAUAAUUGUCAUAUGGAUGUUCUGUAUGGGCUAAUGAUACAUUCUAUAUAACAGCUACCCCUGGAGAAAAAGUUGAUAUAAAACUUGAUGAGAUCUUUAGAGAUAAAAAUAUUUAAUAAUACACCAUCUCUCCUACGUCGGAACUAUACUAAUUAUCUAAUCCAUUAAGUUUAAUAUAAUAAAGUCAAUAUAAUUAAAUAGAACCAAGAGAAUUGAUAGCUUCAAAAUUAUAUAAAAGUUCUGGAUAUCUAGAUAUAACAAAUUAAAUAACCAUUUUAAGCAAAGCACAAAAUAAAUAUUUUAUAGAAUAUAGUUCUUUAAUGUUUGAAAAUACACCAGAUAUUGAUAUUGUUUAAUAAGUAAAUGUUAAAGUAGAUUCAAUUUGUUAUGAUACUGUCUAAGUAGAUUUAUUGUAUAUUAUUGAAUGUAAUAAUGUGGAUGGUGAUUAUUUUGCUAUUCUUAAUAAAGAUUAGGUUUAAUAUAUGACAAUUAUUAAUUCUUAAAGAUAACAAAGGAAACUUGAUUAAUUAGAUAAAUUUAUCUUAAGAAAUUUAUAUUAUUCAUUAGAAUUAUAUUAAUUAUAAGAUAAUCAAUUAGUUUUAAUAAGUACUCUUAAUACAGAAUUAUUAAGAUAAUUAACUAAAGAUGAUAAAUUUGAUCUUUUAAUUGUUGAUUUUAAAUUCCAUACAAACUAAUAAAUUACAAUUUUGAAUUAAAAAGGAUAAUUUAUAUGUCUAAAAUAUAUGAACUAAUAAAAUUAAUGGGAAUUAUAUGAAUAUUUAUAAACUUAAACAAAUCUUCCUUAUGCUUAUGAUUAUUCUUGGAAAUAUUUACAAUUAGUAAUCAUUUCAGAUAAAAUAAUAUAUCUUCGUUAGAUUUCAACUUGGACUCAAAAAGAUAAUUUAAAUUUUGAUCCAAAUAACAAAGUACAAUUGUUAUAAAAUUAUAUAAUUAUUUAGAAAUUAAAUUCAUUAUAAAUUUUAAACUUUAAUUUCAAAGAGAUAUAGAGUAUAGAUAUUCAAACUUAAGGUUUUUUAAACUCAUAUCCAGCAUUUGAUUCAUUUUUAUUUUUUGAUUACUAAAACUUUUAUGCUUAUACAAUUAAUUAAGAAAAUCAAUAGAUAUUGAGAUUUUAAUCAAAUUAAUUAAUUAAUGAAUAUUAAUUAUUCAAAAUUUAAAAGUAAACUCCUUAUAAAUUAUGUGAAAUCAAAUGCUAUUAUAAAGUUGUUGAUAUUGCUACUAAAGAUAUUUAUUAAUAAGUUUAGGUUUCUAAUAGUUUUUUUAAAGGUGGUCUAUUAUUAGAUGAACAAUAAUCAUUAUAAUUUACUUAACCAUUUGUUGGAUAAAAUUUAAAGUUAGAAUUCACACCUAACUAAUUUAUGACAGUUUAAUUUAGUAGAAGUAAGAAAGUUGAAAUUCUCUAUUCAGGUGAUCCCAAGGAUAUUAUUUAUCGUAAAAUUAUUCCUGAAAUUGGGUAGACAAGUUUUAUUGAAUAAAAUAAUGAUUUAUAAAUAACUGGAUAUCUGUGUAAUUUAAUAGAACAAUAAUUUUAGUGUAAGACAUUUAUAUAAACACACGAUUUCAUCAAAUUAUAGGAUUCUCCUCUUUAAACAUGGUUUGCAUAAUUUUAUACAUAUUUAGCAAUUGGAAAAGAUAAAAAUGUUGAUCUCUAUUGUAAUUGUAAUGAUUAAAUUCAAAUAUCUCUUCUAACAACAUUAGUUAUGGAUGGUAACAUCAAAGAAAUAAAACAUAGUUUCUCUUAUUUAUUAAUAUUGGUUGAUUAAGAAUUACUAGUGUAUUAGAUAAAUAAUAGCAAAUAAAGGUUAGUGUUUCGCCAUUUAGCUGAAAAAGUCUAUACAUCUGCAAACUUAGAUCAAGUUUGGAUUUAUUCAAAGAAAACAUUAUAUCUUUUUGAUAUUUCUGAUAAUACUAAAUUGCUUUGGUUCACUUAUCUAAAAGAUUAUGAUGAUAUUGAAGUUGGAGUAUCUUAAAAUUAAUUUUUGUUAUUGGCUAAAAGAGACAAUCUAUAUCAAGGAUUUGUAUAUGACUAUCAAAAUCUCAAAUAUGCUUACAUUUUAAAACAAUUAGAUCUCUCAGGUUACACUGAAUUAAAGCUUUGUUUAUCCUGUAAUUCAAACUCUAAAUUCAUUUAUUUAGAGGCUUAAAAAAAUGGAAAUCAUGUAUUACUUAUUUACAGAUUAGAUUAAAUUGCUAUUAAUUCAUUGUUCAUUGAAUUUACAAUUUUAGCAAAUAGCUAAAUCACAUCUAAUGAAUAAAAUUUAUUUAUUACUAACUCUUAAAUGUUAUCAUAAUAUAUAAUUUAGAAUUAAGAUUCAUCUUCUAUUAGUAUUGAAAUAGAUUAAAAUUAUUAACAAGUAAAGAAUUGUGAAAUUAUAAAAUUAAAUGGCAAAGUCUCCAAUUCUGAUAAAAACUAAGAAAUUAAAGACAUUCCAAUUUCAUUAAUAAAUAGAGGAAUAAAUAUAUUUGGAAUAGAAAAUGAAUUGAAUUUUAAUUAUGAGAAAGAUGGAAAUAAUAGUCAUUGUUUUGAUUUAGGAUAAUCUUGGUAUAGUGGUUAAGCUUUUGAAAUAGAUUUAUAAUAAUAAGGAAAUGGAGAUAUUAAAUUAUAAAAAACACUUAUUAAAUAAGAAUAAUCUAUUGAAUAUAGUUAAUCUAUUAUGGAAUAUGAUAAUAAUACUUUAAUUUAAUUAAUUUCUAAUAAGAUUAUUUUUAUUUCUAAAUAAGAUUUUUAAAUUAUAGAAUACUAAUUAGAUAAUUAAUAUUAAUUUAUUAAUAUACUUUAUAUUCAAUCAAAUCUUAUCUAUCUUUAAGCUAUCUUUAAUAAAUAAUAUUUUAUUAAACUAUUAUAAUUUAAAGAUUCAUAAAUUAUUUUAUAAAAUGGAUAAAUUACUUAUAAUUAUUAUAUCAAAAAAGCAUUUUUAAACUAAGAUAGAUUCUUUACAUGGAUAUAUAAUUAUGCAAUAGCAUAUGAUACUAAAAAUGAUCCUACUAAUUUGAAUGAAUUUGAAGUUAUCUAAAGGGUUUUUCCAUCUUUUUAUCCAGUAUCUCUUGAGUUUAAACAUGUAAAGGAUUAGAUUUAUUACUUUUUCUUUAUUAGUUAGUCUGCUUAAUUAGAAAUAGCAGCCUAUGAAAUAGUUAAGAAUUCUUAAAAAAAUUUUUUUCUUGAUUAUCACACAGCAGACAAUCUAAAAUUAUAAGGCAUGUUUUUCCCUCUUGAUUACACAUGUAGUGGAAUGGUAAUGACAGAAAAUUAAGUUGUUAUAUCUUUAAAUAAUUCUAUUUCAUAUGCUUUUAAUUAUUAGAUUGCUUGUUAAGAUAAUUAUUUGUGCCAGAUAACAUAAUUUAGCUAUAAAAAUAGUUAUCAAUAAUAUGGUAGUUGGAGCUUGAAAAAUGAAUAUCCAAGUUUAUUUGUCAGUGAAAACAUACUUUCUAUAAUUUAUUAGUCUGAAAAGGAUCAUGAAUUAUUGCUUUAUGAUUUAAAUGAUAAUUCUAACAAAACUGGACCCAUUUCAGCUAUAGCUUAUUUAAAGUCGAAGAACCUUGAAGAUCAAAAAAUAGUUUAAUCUUUUGUUUAUAAUUAUAAAGAAUAACUACAUUUAUUAAGUUCAGCAGAAGACAAAUAAAAAUUGCAACACUAUAUUAUAAGAAGAUCACCUUAGAUUUGUAUUGAGAAAUAGUCAAUUUCAUAAAAUGUGAAUAUUUCAUUGAAGAAUUAAAACUAGGAAAAAUUAGUAAAUUUAAAAUUGAAUAUUGAUUAAAUAAAAUCUGAUUCUUCUCAUUUUAAAAUAUGGAUAAUAUUGGUGAUUGUAUUAGUCAUUGUAAUAGUGGGAAUAUCAGUUAUAAUAUAUUGUUAAAAGAAAAGAAGAAGAUUAGUUAAAUAGAACUUAUUAAUAGAGGAUUGA